ACAGACCCUCAGCUAAGCUAGUGGGCAGUUAGACACCUUCAUCCUAAGGAGAGGACAGUGUGUUAAUCGAGGGUGUGUUUCUGUCUGCUGCACAAAAUGCUCAACUCACAGAGAUCCCUGUCCGAGCUGCCCAAGAUGUCCGCUGCCAGUCAAGUGGAGCGAGCUGUGCUGGAGGAGGAGUUCAACUGGCUGCUUAAAGAAGAAGUGCAUGCUGUUCUAAAGCAGCUCCAGGACGUCCUCAAGCAUGGAUCAAGUGAAGGGCGUGCUGACUCUGCAGGGAGAGGCUCUGACUCAGGCUGACAUAAACCUGAAGAUUGCGAAGAGCAGUCAAGCGCUACACUUUCAGUUCAGAGAGGACAAGCAGUGGAAACUGCAGCAGAUCCAGGAUGCUAGGAACCAUGUGAACCAGGCUCUCCAGCUGCUGAGCAGCCACGAUGAGAGCUACCAUUUCAAGACAGGUGCUGAGGUUAAUAAGCUCAUGGAUGCAGUGAUGCUCCAGCUGACGCGAGCACGGAACCGCCUCACCACCCCAGCCUCCAUGACGCUGCCCGAGCUGGCCACUAGUGGUCUGAUGAAAAUGUUCACUCCCCCCAUGCCCGGGGACGUGAUGGUGAACUUUUACAUCAAUUUAAGCAAACUGUGUCUGACUGUCUACCAGCUUCAUGUGCUGCCACCCAACACAACAAAGAAUUUCAAGCCAGCUGGAAGCUCAGUGUUGCACAACCCCGGAGCAAUGUUCGAGCUCAACAGCAACCGAUUUGAGGUCAGCCACGUACACAAGGUGGAGUGUGUGGUGCCUUGGCUUAACGAUACGCUGGUAUUCUUCACUAUUUCCCUGCAGCUCUGUCAGCAGCUCAAGGACAAGAUAUCUGUCUUCUCCAGUUUCUGGAACUACAGACCUUUCUAAUCCACCUCCCGUCCAUCCUCCGGAGACUGGUCAGACCCAAACUAACCACCAAGUGUAAGGGACAUCCUGGGAAGGUUUUUAUUUUUUUACAUAUAUUUAUCAUCCUGUCAUUUAGUUCUAAGUGUUGCAUGAUUAGCAGAGGGAGCCAAUCCAACCCCGACAGAUACCAAUGUUUGCCAUUUCCCAGUUGUUUCUCUGAUGUAUGUGUUGCAUCUCCCAGCACUGACUUGAACUUCUCAAUGAAUGAAUGUGAUUGUUGCUGUUGAUUUUAUUAUUAGAAUGAUUUUUUGUUACACUUAAGCAGCCCAGUACUUUCUGAGUAUUUAUCUGGUUCUCAUCCCAAAGUCUUCUGAGCUGUUGUGUGGAACACUAAUGUGUGUACUCAGGGUCGGACGACUAGGCAGCACUAAGAGCUCACAGUGGGAGGUUCUUUCCUGAAAUACUUUGAGUUCCUUCACAGCAGUUUCAAAGUUUCUUCCCUCACAAUAUAGUCCUACUUUCUUUCUCCCAGCUGUCAUAUUCAUUUUCCUGUGUCUCUGAAGGAGUUUUAUCUGAGAAAGGAACUCAGGUGACAUCUAAGGUUGUCACAAUACUAGAAUUUUAAACUUUAUUAAAUACUAGUAUAAAAAAGAGAUACUUAAUACCUCUUUCAAUACCAUAGCAAAAAAAGCCGUUAGCACACAAAAAAGGAUCAUUUUUCCUUCCUUUUUUUAAAUUAAGAACUUGCACACAGUGCUGCUACAGAUAAAGUUACUAAACAAUGUACACAUUUGUAAUAAUGUUAAUAGUUAAGACUAUUAUUAUUAUUCUUAAAUAUUUUCCCUACCUUGUAGGCCUACACAUUCUUUAUGUUGUUCUUUAAGUAUUAUUUAUUUUUUUCUCUAAUGUUGCUUCACUUGUAAACAAGUGCUCUCCAUGGCUUUUCCUUGUACAAAUAAAGGAGAAAUAAAAUCCUUUCCAAUGGGAAACUCAAACCGUAACCGUCAAGUAAUGCAGAUUGUAUCAAAAAAAGUAUCCAAGUAUCAAUACUUUUGACUACCUUGUCAUGGGGUGGUUUUAGGGCUGCACGAUUAUAGCUAAAGUGAUCAUCUUGAUUAUUUUGAUCAAUACGAUUAUUUCAUCUAGAGAGUACUAAAAAUCUGAAUAUGACCUUUGUCUUGUUUUGUAGACGCAUUUUAGACGCAACAAUAGCAGUCAGUGUCAAGCUAGCUGACAAACUCUGCACUUCCUGUGACUAGCUUACUUCAAAAUAAAAGUCAACUUGUGUUUCUCAAGUUAAAUGUUGUUAAUGUGAAGCUGCAGCAGUAGGAAAUGUUUAUUUUUUUUAGUAUAAGCUUAAUACAGCAUUUCUUGCGGGAAUAAAAGUAUCCAUGCUGCAGCAGCAGGGUGUGUGUGCAGCGACAGGACGGCUCCCCAAAAGGAAAACCUGAACGUCUGGCUCACCUGUGGUGGCUGCUGUUAGUUUAGGAAGUGCUUAAUUUGAUAUGCAGUAAAGUUUUCUUUGAGCAGAGCAUUUUAAACCUCAAUAUCAUAGACGAUCACCUUAAUUUAAUUGUAAGAAGCCACAAUUGUGAUUGCUAUUGAUAUUUAAUGUUGGUUUAUUCUGGUCUGGAUCAGUGGAUGACUUCUCUUUGUUCGGUUGUUAGAAACUCGAAGUGUGGUUGAUAGAAGUGGGAUUUACUAGGAAGGAGGGUCUGACAAAGACAUUUGAGUUGCAUUAUGGGAUGUGUAAGAUCCAAUGUUUUUGGAGCUCAACCCUUGCUGCACAGAUUUUGUAUUUACUUAUUUAUUUAUCUGUCUGUUGUAGGUCAUCUGUAUGGAAGUACAAUACGAAAACACUUUAAACUUUGAAUCAUUAACAAUCCACCUGCACUAAUAAAGCCAUCCACAGUACUGUGUCUGUUUAUGGUCUCCUAGACGACACUAAGCUCUUGUUUUAGAAACUACAAGGGCACUCAGAGACCGCAGACUCACAUCUUUUGUUGUCUGUUUAGUUACAGCACACCAUUCACUUCAAAGUCCACACAAAACAGAAAUUAGAUUGCUGUUUGCUUCUGCAUAUUUAUGUAUUUCAUGUAAAAACUGGCAACUAUGGAGGGACUCGUCACUGUAGCCAAUAGCGCUGAAUGUGUGUUACGUCCACCUGCCAAGCAGCUAUAAUCUUCCUUUUUCGCUGACUGGGAGCUCCCAGUGAACAGCACAGCCAGACCGGGACUGAAUGCAGCAUCUGAUGCUGGUGGAGGACAGUUUGGCGUCAGGGAAUACAGGACAGAGUUUUUUUGUUUUUGCUGGGUUUUGCUCCUGGUAUCCCAGGGCUGAGUCCGCUAAUGUUAUCUGCCAUUAGCUAGUUAGCUUGUGAAGCUAACAUUAGCUGCUUUUAGCUAAAAGUCCAUCAAUCACCUUGGUACCAAUGUCGUCAAACUGCCCUCCAUCUGUUUUGUAGGUUGUGUUCACUGGGAGGCUGCUGAGCCCCGUUCAGUUGAAGCUUGAUUGACAGGUGGAUGUCAUGAUAUUAUUGGUUGAAAUUGGGUGGUUCACACUUACGUAAUUAUUGGAUUUCAAUAUCAAGAUCUUUUUUUUUGGCAUGCAUUGUUAAAUAGCAGUACAGUUUGACAGGUGACAUGAUCUUAAAGGGUUAAAAGGGCAUUUUUCAUUUCAUCUGGACUUUAACUACAACAUGCACAACAAUUUCACUUCAUUUUGCCAUAGACACCGGUGUUACAAUAGACUGCAAUGUUAACCAAAGUGAAAAAUAAUCCGCCCCACGAUUUGGAUCCACUCCAAACUUUAAUGGUUUUCUCUUGGCCCAUGCUUCACCCUUCCAACAAGUUUCAUUACAAUCAGAGCAGUAGUUUUUCUGUAAUCCUGCUGACAAACAAACAGCACUGAAAAUAAAAAAAACUUUACUCUGAUGAUUUCUUUUCAGUUUAACUAAUUCCGUAAUUAUUCCUAUGAGACAGGUUUUAGGUCAAGUUUAAAGCACUGGGUGUUGCACAGUAUGUUGGCAAUGUAACAGUAUUGGAAAGAGAAGGCAAAGGGGAAAAUAAAAAGUCAAAGCUAUGAGGGGAUACAAUAGUAUGAGGGAAAACAUUUUCCACUGUGAGUGUUUAGAGGAUACAUUCACUGACAGUAUAGUAUCAUCUGUUCGUGGCCCAGUUCCAAUGUCCCACUGUCUCAGACACUUUCCCCAGAGCUGUCUUACAGUAAAAAGUAGUGAGUCCUUUUAUGUGUGUGUGCAGCUCCACAGACGUCGCUCAAGGCUAUAACCCACAAUACAUAAUACAAUACGAGGUUGCUUCAUCCAGGUAGCUUGACUGCCCCACUCCUCGCAUGCUGUGUUAUGCUAGCAGCAGCUAAUGUAGCCUGGAGCAGAUAGCCUGCUGCCCAGAUGAGGAGCGGGCCACAGAGGUCUGGUAAGCUUUUUCUAACUCCAAGAUUUUAGAAUUCUUCAGCCCCAAACGACGCUGACUCAAUCACCUGAGGACAUUUCUCAGACUGCACACAGCUCCCUGGAGACACUAGAAGCUUUAUACAGCUGACAUUCAGUAACGCUCUCCCACACCUGGAGACACACUUAGAUUUUAAGCAUGAUCAGCCCUAAAGGGGAGCUGCACUUUCUGACGGUUCAGGCCUUAGGCAGGCUUCCCACGCAUCCUGGAAAAACUGGAAAUUUAGAGACUAGUUUUUUUAUUACCUGUAGUCCGUUUUAGGGGUCAACUAUACAUGCAUCUGCUAUUGGUUCAGGCCAGUCGAAGUGAAGAAGAAAUAUACAAAGGUUUUUAUUUGUUUGUCGCUCGCUCACAUAGAAUGGAAUGGAAUGGGAGGCCAGUAUUCACCAGUGGCCAUUUUGCAUGUGUGAGAUUGUGCCCUCACGCCACAAUCACAUCAUAUGGGAUUGAAGGUAGAGGCAGGAAAAGACUCUCAUGUUAACAACCUGCAUUCAUGUCAUCAAGGCGGUUGUAUGAUUAAAAAGUUGGUCGUGUGAGAAAUAACUACAUCCAUUAAAUUUGGCUUUGAUUACAUUGAAAAACGUCCUUUUCAUAUUUGGUUUUAAGUGUCCAAGUAAUUAAGUAAUUUCAACUUGGAUGUUGACAUGAACUCUGUUUACAAAUUGGAAAUACUAUGACAUUAAUGUGGCAUCUGGGCAGACAUUGGAGCUGGGCCAGCGCUUUGCUUUUUGUUUAGUUAUUGCUCACUUCGAAGAAAUGACACAACUCACAUUCCAUUUGCUACUCCACAGUUAUGUCUAAAUGAUAAGCUACUUGUCGUGUCUGUUGACCUGUGUCUAUAACCUUUGAUUUCAUGUCUCUGUCUGCUGUAUGUUCAUAUUUAUUCUUCACAUUUUGCACAUGUUGUUGAUUCCCUGUGAACCAAAACACUGAUCCAAUCAGGAACAAAUGACUUCAUUCCAGUAAGUGUUAAUCUAUUUUGAAAAGUUGUCUAUCAUAUAAAAUGUGGAAAUGAUGUAUCUGAUAUCUGUGCAAUAAAGAUAUUC